UUACUUGCGGAUGGCGUAUUAUGUUUGUGACGAACAGACUACCAACUGAAGUCAGUGUAGGCCUGCGUCUGCAUUGAUUGUUACCUCUGUACAUUACUAAAAAAGGCAAAAUGUCGUACGCAUAUCUCUUCAAAUACAUCAUUAUAGGAGACACAGGUGUGGGGAAGUCAUGCCUUCUCUUACAGUUCACAGACAAAAGGUUUCAGCCUGUACACGAUUUAACAAUAGGUGUUGAAUUUGGAGCGCGAAUGAUCAAUAUUGAUGGCAAACAGAUUAAAUUGCAGAUUUGGGAUACAGCUGGCCAGGAGUCAUUCAGGUCAAUCACAAGGUCUUAUUACAGAGGUGCUGCUGGAGCAUUGUUGGUGUAUGAUAUUACAAGGAGAGACACAUUCAACCACCUGACAACAUGGUUAGAAGAUGCCCGUCAGCAUUCCAGCUCCAAUAUGGUCAUUAUGCUUAUUGGGAACAAAAGUGAUCUUGAGGCACGCCGUGAUGUCAAGAAGGAAGAAGGAGAAGCCUUUGCCAGGGAGCAUGGCUUGAUCUUUAUGGAGACAUCGGCAAAGACGGCAGCAAAUGUAGAAGAAGCCUUUAUCAACACAGCUAAGGAAAUUUACCAGAAGAUCCAGGAAGGUGUAUUUGAUAUUAACAAUGAGGCCAAUGGCAUCAAGCUUGGCCCACAGCAUUCACCCACCAACCCAACGCUACCAUCACAAGGGGGUGGCCAACAAAGUGGUGGAGGCUGCUGUUAAAUGUCUUCAAGAUGUCAUUUGUUCAGGGAGGGAAUUUGCCAUAUCAGGCAGGAGACAAAUUAGUCUCUACCUUUCAUUUUUAGACUCCCAUGUGCCAAGGUAAACUUGUGAAAACUGGUUGUGAUACUUGUAGAUGAAAUUGGAGGUGUGUAUUCAUGUUAGCCCAGACAGGGAUGGAUGAGUGCUUGGGAUUGUACCAUUUGGAUAUUUCCUUUUUGUGCCUGAGCCAUUUGAGGAUACUCUUUGGGUUUCUGGACCUUGUUCAUGUACAUGCACACAAUACUUUUUGACAGAUAUCACUGCUUUGUUCCUAGCAACCCAUUUCCAAAUUAAAUGUGUCUUUGUUAGUGCAUUAUUUAUAUUUGGUUUGAAAGUGCAGUGGAAUAGGUUGAACAACGUGAUUGGAAAAUUGUUUGCAGAAUUAGCCCAAAAUGCUACAGAGUAUUUUGUAGCUAAGUAUAAUGUCUGUGAAGUGCAUUAUGCAAACUGAGUUCCUUGUCACGUAUACCAGUUUGAACUCAAUAGACCCCUAAACAAGCAUGGCAUUUGGAAAACUUGGAUCACUGCGAAUUUCUGUACUUCUCAUUUGUGAGUGCUUGUGCCACAUCAAAUUGAUGUGCAAUAUGUAUGUCCUAUGAAAAAGCUAACAUUCUACCAAUUUGAACAGCUCUGUCAACAUUUGGAAGAGCUAGGAAAACAUUUUUUUGUACAUCUUGUUAAAAUCGCUGGCUAGAUUGCCUAGGUGUAGCUGACAGCUGGUACCAAUUAAACUGAAUUCAUGGAGCUCAUUUCAGCAGUAUCAUUAUCCCAUUAACAGUUUCUGAAUGUUGAUUUGUAGAUGUAAUCGUCCAAUCACAUAAUCAUAUUCAAAAUUAACCUCUUAAGUCAGUGUUCAUUGGAUUUGUUGUACAGUUGCUGUCACAAGUGUGUCCAGGAAAGGGGAAGAAAAAAAUUAAAAACAGUGAAAGAGUUGUGUUCUUAUGAUCUGGUAACUUGACAUUUCAAUUCUGCACAGUAGACAAUCUGUCUUAAACUACAAUGUACAUGUAGAAGUAGAACAGCAAAAGUGAAUGCCUAUACAUAAAAUAUAUGUCAUGUGUUACUUGUGCCGUAUCAAGUCUGUAAAUUGUCUUGUGGUAGACCAUUCCAUAGUAUUUUAGACACCUAUCUCAUUUGAAUCACAGUGUUAACGUGCUACUUUAAAGAUCCUGUGUCAGAUUGAACUUUCUACAUACAUAUUAAGUCUCAGAAAACGUGGGCAUUGGACACCAGAGUUUUUCUGUGAGGUCUGAAAAAUCUGGCUUUUUAGGGUUCAAAUGUUGUAAAAUGAAGAGUUACUGUUAAUGGCCUUCUGGAUAGAGAUGUACAAUAUACAGUACUUUGCAAUUGAAAG